AUGAGCCGCGAGGCUUUCGAAACAGGCGAACAGAUGGCGCACAGGCACCCAGUAGCCCACUGGAACCUCGGAGAGAAUGGAGAAUUGACGGAGCUUGCGAUACCUGCACCUAUCCCUAGCCGAACCCGCGCAGACGAGCAGGAUUUCAAUCUGGGGUCGACAGAUGACUCGCGAUUCUCAGAUUCCUCAACCUCGCAAGUGUCAUCAACGCGACCGCAAGAGGAAAAGCCCUCGAGGCAGUCAAAAACGGUUAUAGCAUACACGGAACUCUGUGCAAUUAGUUGGAUGAUCUUCUUUUCUAUGCUAGGAACGCUGGCUCGCCUCGGGGUUCAGGCUAUAUCGGUAUAUCCUUAUACGAUCUUUCCAUCUCCUGUCCUUUGGGCCAAUCUUGGGGGUUCCCUUUUUCUGGGUCUUUUGCUGGAGGAUCGAUCUCUGUUCCGGUAUGCUGUCAAGGUCGACACUGAUUCCGAAACAUUUCACAACGAGGUGGACAAGGUGAAAAAGACUCUGCCCUUAUACAUUGGAUUGGCAACUGGGUUUUGCGGCAGCUUCACGUCCUUUUCAACGUUCAUCACCGAUGCAGUCUUCGCCCUCACAAAUCAGCUGCCACCAUCCGCAGCAACAUCGCCAUUCCACAGUGUACCCCAGGAGCAGAUGCAUUCACGCUCAGGUGGAUAUUCUUUCAUGGCCCUGGUAGGGAUCCUGAUCAUACAGAGCGCUGUCAGCUUGGCAGCCCUUAAAUCCGGUGCCCAUUUGGCCGUGGCUCUCCAGACGAUAAUACCAUCACUUCCCACCACCAUUCUCCACCGAAUUCUUGACCCAAUCUCGAUCCCACUGGGCUGGGGAUGUUGGCUGGGUGCCGUUGUGAUCUGCAUCUGGCCUCCAGAGGACGAAUGGCGUUAUCAAGUGUUAUUCGCCAUUGUACUUGCCCCCCCUGGCACUUUGCUUCGAUUCUAUCUGUCUAAAACCCUCAACGGCCGCAUAACAGGAUUUCCAUUGGGGACCUUCGUUGCCAAUAUCUUUGGGACGAUCAUCGAAGCCAUGUGUAUGGACCUGCAACAUGCCAGCUCAAUCAUGGCGGACAUUUCCGACUUCAAUUCCGCACCAUGUGCGGUCCUACAGGGCGUCAUGCUCGGUUUCUGUGGCUGUGUCACCACCGUCAGCACUUGGGUGGGCGAGUUGAAUAGUUUACAAAGGAAGCAUGCCUGGAUAUACGGCAUCAUCAGCAUUGGUGUCGCGCUGGCCUUUCAGAUCGUGAUUAUGGGCACCAUGAUUUGGACGGUAGGCUAUACCCAACACUGCUCAUCGAGAACAAUAGCCUGA